AGUACACUGCUGCCAGGAUCUUGUCUGUGGAGCGCAGCGCGGCCAGGACCUCCGGCUGCAGCACACCGCUGCCAGGAUCUCGUCGGCAGAGCGCUCCGCGGUCCGGACCCCGCCCCGUGCGCGUCCCCGACCCCGCCCCGUGCGCGUCCCCGGCGUUGGCGUUGGCGUCGUCGUCCUGUUGCUGGUCUCCGUCCGGUCGUCGGCCGUCUAGGUCUCCGGCCCUCCCCAGCCGCUCCUGCGCCCUUGCCGGCCCCGCCGCCCGCAGCCCUGGCGCUCCCUGCGGGCCCCGCCGAGGCCGCCUGCGCCCUGUGCCAGCGCGCGCCCCGGGAACCGGUGCGCGCCGACUGCGGCCACCGCUUCUGUCGGGCGUGCGUGGUGCGCUUCUGGGCCGAGGAGGACGGGCCCUUCCCGUGCCCCGAGUGCGCCGACGACUGCUGGCAGCGCGCCGUGGAGCCCGGCAGGCCCCCGCUCAGCCGCCGCCUUCUGGCGCUCGAGGAGGCGGCCGCGGCGCCCGCGCGCGACGGCCCGGCCAGCGAGGCCGCGCUGCAGCUGCUGUGCCGCGCCGACGCCGGCCCGCUCUGCUCCGCCUGCCGUAUGGCUGCGGGCCCCGAGCCGCCCGAGUGGGAACCGCGCUGGAGGAAGGCGCUGCGCGGCAAGGAGAACAAGGGGUCUGUGGAAAUCAUGAGAAAGGACUUGAAUGACGCCCGGGACCUGCAUGGCCAGGCAGAGUCAGCAGCUGCAGUGUGGAAGGGACACGUGAUGGACCGUAGGAAGAAGGCACUGACCGACUACAAGAAGCUGCGGGCCUUCUUUGUGGAGGAGGAGGAGCAUUUCCUGCAGGAGGCUGAGAAGGAGGAGGGGCUCCCUGAGGACGAGCUGGCUGACCCCACUGAGCGGUUCAGGUCACUGCUGCAGGCGGUCUCAGAGCUGGAGAAGAAGCAUCGCAACCUGGGCCUCAGCAUGCUGCUGCAGGUGCGGGAGCCCCGCUGGGUGUGCCCACCAUCGGGCCAGGGUGGACGCAGGCAGCAGCGAGCCAUUGGGGGACCAUUGCCCGAAGUCAAGGCUUAAAAGCCCAGCCUGACUCCCACUGCCGUGGCCUUGCAGGGCUGAAUUUCGGGAAUGGGUGGGUGGUCAGGGAAGGUGAUGGGAAGGGGUUUUAAGUUGAGGAGGGUCUGAGGUGUCCCUGACCUUCACAAAGGAGGGCACUUGGCAUCCCAAGUGCCCGAGCAUGGAAGGCUCCUGCCUCGCCCUGGGGUCCUGAAGGCAGAAGCAGCCAAGAAACCCAACCUCAGGGCUUUUCUUCUGCCUCUGCCCAGGGCCUGGCCUGAACCCCAGACCCUGCAGCAACCCAGAUGGCCCUGAACGGUUCAGUUGCCCGUGCCAGCCAUAGGUGACAAGGCUUUGGCCCUGGGGAGACGGAAGUCUGGGCCAGGCCCUGGGUUUGUUGUGCUCAGGACAGUACCUCAUGCGCUGUCUCAUGUGCUCUCUCUCUCUUUUUCGCUCUCUCCUUUUGCCUCUGUCUCUGCCUCUGUGUGUCUCUUUCUCUUUUUGUCUCUCUGUCUUUCCCUCUCCCCUCCCAUGCAGUGAUGGCGCCAACCCGCAGCAGUCCCAGAGCUGGAGGCAGGAGGAUGGAUCCUCAUCUCCAUGGGAAGUGUCAGCGUAUGGCUGCCAGGGAAGCGUGGCAGGUGCCUGGCCUUGGGUCCAUCUACAUAGUUGCGUGUUUCAACAAUGUCCAUUUAUCCUUCACCCCGAGGCGUGUUUUGGGGGCUGCAAACACCUCCCGGUAGAGGCUGGACCUGAGGACCCUUCCCACCUGUGCCCGUCCCUUCCUGAAGUCCUAGCCACAGCCCAUCCUCCAUGAGUCCCGGCAGCUCUGGGUCAUGCCCUUCCCUGGUCACCCAUCUGCCCCUCACCUCGUCAUCCAGGGACCCAGACCCUGCACCUUCCAUGUGGGCCCACAGAUCCUUGGCAGGUACCUGAGGUGCACCAUUGAGUGUCGGAUUUGGGGUUAGCAUCCAGAAAGAAGAAUGCGCCUGAGGCUCUGUGAAGGCUGGAACUCAGGUUUUCAGGGAGAGAAAGGAAGACUGGAUUGCACCUUGAUGCCUCCUGAGGAGGCGGCCCCCUUCUUGAGGUGGGCGUGGGCCCCGCCCAGCCUUAUCCAAGUCGCUCUGUCCACCUCCCCCUUCCUGGCCCCAACCCCACUCCUGUGCCUCCCAGGAGCCCUCCCUGUGCUCCACCUGCCUCUGCAGAAGGAAGCCUCCUCCUCUGUUUCCCUGGGUGAGGGGGCUGGCAGGUGGCUAACCCCAUUUAGCAUCUCCAGGCCCUGCCAUGGUGUCUCAUCUUGCUGUUCUCUCUAGCUCUUUCCCUCCUCCCAUUUCCUUUAAUAGUUGAAUUUUGCAAAGCUUGUAGCAGUUAGCUCAGUUGCCUGCAGCAUCCUUGUGUGUAGAUAAAUUAGUCGACAGAAACUCAGCACUGGGGACAGGAUUGCAAAGUCGGGGACAUAGAUGCAGACAGAUGUUGAGAUUCGGGGAUAGCUGGGCUUGUGAGCGGUGCCCAUUUCCAGAUGGAGCCUUUCAGCCCUUCCGAGUCCCUGGCCCUUGGUGCGAUGUCUGUGAGUUUGACCUGCCCAGCGACUGGGCUGGCUCAAUGCUGAAUAAAGUGGGUUUGUGUCA